AUGUCUUCUUCGGGUUCUGAGCAGAAGCCUCAGCUUCAACAACAGCAGCAGCAGUCAUCAUCGUCAGCAGAUUCUUCCUCUGGCAGUGCGAGCAAUGACUCCAAGUCUGUGACGCCUGCACCUAGCGCCACAUCAAACACCUCACAGAGCAGCAAUGCUCCUUCAACAUCAAACGACGACAAUCUCAUCUGCCGAUGGAACGCCUGUAACCAAAAGUUCCCUGCUCCCGAGGUGCUCUACGAGCACAUCUGUGAGCGCCAUGUUGGUCGCAAGAGCACAAACAACCUCAACUUGACUUGCCAGUGGAACUCUUGCCGAACUACCACGGUCAAGCGAGACCACAUCACCUCGCACAUCCGUGUCCACGUUCCUCUGAAGCCUCACAAGUGUGAGUUCUGCGGAAAGUCUUUCAAGCGACCCCAAGAUUUGAAGAAGCACGUCAAGACUCAUGCCGACGACUCUGUACUUGUCCGCCCAUCCCAGGAUCCCCAAGGCGGACUCAACUAUAGGCCACAGCCUCCUAAGGGUAUGUCUCAACUCGAUUCUAGUCCACGGCUGUGGUCAACCGGUUUUCCUUCUCUCGAGGCUAAUUCGCCUCCAGGACCUUCUAGCUACUACGACCACACUGGCCAGAUGCGAACUAACGCAGCUGCCUUUGCACACCAAACUGGUCACCCUACUGGCGGCUACUACGCUCCUCAGCCUUCUACCAACUACGGUCUCUACUUCAACCAGCCCCCUAUCAACAAUGGCCGUGCCGAGCACCUUGGCUACACUGCUCAUGGCGGCUACGACCGAAAGCGCACAUAUGACAUGGUCGACGACUUCUUUGGCAGUGCCAAGCGUCGCCAGAUCGACCCCUCGUCCUACACCCAGAUUGGCCGUUCCUUGAUGCCUCUCCACGGCAACCUCUCCGUUGCCAACGGUCCCAUGGCUGCCACUGAGCAGUACAUGCCUCAGCAUGCUCCCGCUCCUGUCCACGCUGGUCAUACCCCCGGCCAGAACCCUCUGGCUCAGCAAUACUACCUGCCCAUGCCUAGCGCGCGCACCCAGAAGGAUCUCAUUCACAUCGAUAACAUUCUCGGUCAGAUGCAAGAUACCAUCUACGAGAAUGCCAACCACGCUACUGCGGGUGUUCACAUCCACCAGUCUGAGGGCGGUUUCAACGGUUACCGCAACACUCCCUCGCCUCCUAGCUCUCACAGAUCUCCUAUUGGUAUGCACGUCGCCACUGAUGGCUACCACCCCGUGUCUGCAGCCAGCAUGGCUUCGCCUCUGACGGCUAUCUCUUCUACUGGGACUCCUGCUGUUACACCGCCCUCAAGUUCCAUGUCUUACACUUCAGGCCAUUCGCCGAGCCCAUCCUCCUCUGCCAUGUCUCCUCAGUCGCGCCACGGCUCAACCGCCUCGGUCAUGUACCCUACUCUUCCCACAAGUCUCCCCGCCGUUAGCCAAGGCUUUGGUCACUCUGCCACAACCACUCUCGGCCCUAGCUUUGAUGGCAGUGAGCGUCGCCGCUACUCUGGUGGCAUGCUUCAGCGGGCUCGUGGCCCUCUGCCUCUUCCUCAGCCUCAGGAGGAUAUGAGCGGUGCCUCUACCCCCAAGGUUAGCGAGUCUGCUCUCUCCGUUGGCUCUCCAUCUUCAGAGUCUGACGCCAGUGAGACCACCCGUGAGCGCGAGGAACAAUAUGACCGUUGGCUCGAGAACAUGCGGGUUAUUGAGACUCUUCGCGAAUACGUUCGUGGACGCCUGGACCGCAAGGAGUUCGUGGACGAGAACAAAACUCCGCAACCAAGCCACGCUGAUGCUAUGGAUGUCGAUCCCAAGAGCCCCCAGCCUCCUUCAAGGGAAUUGAAUACCCCCCGCGAGGGAUCCUCGCUUUACCCCAUUCUUCGCAUGCCUGGUUCUUAG